GCUCAGAUGGACUUUCACAAAUGGAAAUCGAAUGACCUUUUUUGUCCUUUGGAGUUUUGGGUCAUGUCAAAUAUUCAAACCACUUCACUCAACUUUUCAAAAAGCUUGCAACAACUUGUCCAUUUUACUAGUUUUAAAAAUUCCGCAACUAGUUACAUUUACAUUCUAGCUUGGCGCUCAUAUUUGCGUCAGUUACAAACAAACCCUCUUAUAACAAAGUCCAUUACAUCCGGGAUUAUUUCUUCAUUAAGUACUGUUUUGGCAAGUAUUAUAGAAGAUAAAUGUGAAGGUUUAAAGUCUAGCAAGGUUAUCAAUGAGUUUACUAUAGGACUAGUGUUAAGGGCCCCUGUUGUACACUAUUUCCAUACAUUCUUGGACAAGUGCUUAUUUAGAAAUGCCAAACAAACUUCUCUUGCAGUCAUUGUGGCAAAGGUGAUAUUGGACCAGUUUAUCUUCUCACCACCGUUUACUGCUCUCUAUUACUAUGUUACUGCGUUGAUGAGAGAUGAGCCACUGAAACCAGUUUCUCAGAAAAUUCGUCGAGAGCUGUUUGAUGUUAUGAAAAAGUCGUGGCUGCUGUGGAUUCCUGUGAACGCUAUAAACUAUGCAUUGAUUCCGUUGGAGCUCCGGGUUUUGUUUGCCAACAUUGUUGAUGUUUUCUGGACUGCUUAUUUAAUUAGUACAGUUUCUAGCAAAGCCAAAUGAUACAAUUCCUUUAAGGUAUCCGUAUGUUGGCUUUGCAUAAAACAAAUACUUUUUCUGUUGUUCAAAAAACAGUCUCCUCUUUCUAUUGUCAGUUCAAUCACACAACCAUAUAAUAUUCAAUCAACUUGCUUCUACCAACUUUUAAACGAAUCCACAAGAAAAAUCUUCAAAGCUUCUAAUGUUGGAUUGACUUGUGAAUUUUAAAUAGUUGACAAUAGACAGUAUUUGUCAUUGUGGGGAAAAACCCCUCAGACUGGUACGUUUCUAUCAGCAAAUAAAACUCCAACGGAAAAAACAAGAGAUAUCAUAGACUUGAAAUACAUAUUCAUAGGACAACAAAGAAAUUUUUGUAGAAUGUCUCUAUACAAAUAAAAGUUUUGUUUAGUCGUCAUUAAAGAAAGAUUAGAAAUUCCUU